CAUCCAUGCCCAUACAGUCAGGUUACAAUCACCUAGUCCGAACUAAGAAUAAGCCCCCUUGUUACAAUAAACUUAUAAACGAUUUUUUAUAUACGAGAAUUCGUAGUAUCCGGGAAGAGAUAAAAGUGAAAUGGAGUGCUUCAAAAUUGCAAAUAAUUGCCGGGCGUGUCAAAUAAAGACGGAGGAAGAGUCUCAAAGAAUAUUCAUCUUUAACACUGUGAAGCUCCCGGAUAUCUUCAAAGAAACCACAUCUUUGGACAUCAAUGAGAACGAUGGACUACCCAAGGUGCUUUGCUCCACUUGCUAUGAUCGCCUCCUGGAAGCUUACAACUUCCGGAAAAUGUGUUCCGCUGCAGUUCUGUACUUCCAGAAGAUCCUAUCAAUGGAUGUUCCGGAAGAGAAAUACACCGCAACUGAAAAUCUAACCGAUGUUCACUUAACAGAUGCAACACCGGAGAAUAUAAAGACAGAACCAGAAUUAGAUAUACCAAACUCUCCUCCACCAAGAGACCCGAGCUGCCCUCCGGAUGGAAAUGAUUCUCUUACUGACAUUUCGGAUACGCUUCCUAACAAAUCUAUUCUUCAGGAAGAUCUUAACAAUCUGGUGUGGUGCGGUAUUUGCAAUUCAAAGUUCCGCCGGAAACCGCGUCUAGAGAUGCACAUGAGGGUGAAACAUCUGGCAUUGAAACCCUGUGAAUGCAAAAUUUGUGGAAAACAAUUAACUAGUGAAGCAUCUUUGGAUUAUCACAUGGUUGCAAAGCACGGGAAAAGAAGGCCUUUUCCAUGCCCCAAAUCACAAUGUGAAAAACACUUUGAUACUAAGUCUGAUCUAAAGUAUCACAUGGAGACGAAACAUGCCAUAAAGAAACCGGUGCCUAGUGGUCCCAAGGACCCCUCUUCUCUUGAGAAUUCCUCUACUAGCGAAGUUACGAAGAGUAUUGACAAUCAGAAAACCAACAAUGAGCACUCCUGUGGAAUUUGUGGAGCUAAGAACAUUACAGCUGAUGAUCCAGACAGCCACAUGAAUACUCAUUUAAAAGACGAUAUGUGGUGUUGCUUAUUUUGUUCGUACAAAUCUGAUAAAAGGGAAUCUUUGGAACAACAUGUGAAGGAUGUUCAUCAUGGAAUAAAGAAUUACCAUUGUCCGCAUUGUGACAAAAUUUUUGUCACAGCAAUGGGUAUGAAACAACAUACACUCCGUCUUAAAGGUAUUUUGAAUUUUAAAUGCAAAUUCUGUGAUAUCAGAAAGGUAUCAUUGGCAGAAAUUAGAAGGCAUGAGAAUACUCAUACGAAAGAUAAAAUAUUCUCUUGUGAAUUUUGUCCCCACAAAUCAACUUGUAAAAGAAAUAUGAGGAACCAUGUGAAAAUAGUUCAUCAGGGAGUCAAGAAUUUCCACUGUCCGCAUUGUGAGAGAUCCUUUGGAACCGCUAAGACUCUUAAGUAUCAUGUGUUGACGCACACUGGAGAGAAGCCAUAUGAAUGCACUGAAUGCGGAAAGAGAUUUACUCAAGGAGGGAAUCUUACGAUUCACAUGAAGAAUCACAUCAAGUCCGAGUCUGAAUCCCAGAUUAAAGAAGAAAUCCAGGACAGCAGCUAAGACUUAGGCCUAACCAGAUACCUGAGUCCAAACUCCAUUCAUUCAUUUAAAUUCGAAAUCUUUUAAAAUUCGUACAAAUUAUCCCAAUAUUUGUAAGUUGCUAAAUGAAUAAAUGCAUUUAGUGGCGUU